UAUGAUUAGUAUGACCUGGAUUAUUUUUCGGUCAUGGGUUAAAGUUCAGAGGUGAACCCAACUGAUUGCUGAUUGGUCACAGCUUUUAUAAUGGUGGGACGGCCAGGUGAUCAUAUACAGCUAUAGUUCUUCGAUCGACCGUCUCGGCUCAUCGACGCCACCCGGAUAAUUUAACACGUCAACAUUUCCUCAUUCAUUUCGUCUACAUACUGAUUUACACGAUUUUAAAUAGGACGUAAAAGUGAUUCAAUACAACGAGCUCAACUUUUGAUUAUGUCAACGUUAUAUGCUUUCAUUUUGACCGUGUGCCUUGUUUCGAGAAUUUAUGGAGAUGCGCAAACAGAUAGCUCUGUUAAACCAGCAUCAGUUACACCAUCAAUUCAGCCAUCACCAAUUGUGAAUGGGAAUAAAACUCCUCUACCACAAUCUGGGAAUGGUUCAUCCAGUAAACUACCAAAUGGUUCUCCAACACCAUCACAGGCAGAAUCCACUACAGCCAAACCAGGGCAGGCAACACCUGCUGCAGUAACGCCUACUCCAGCAAAACCAGGGCAGGCAACACCUGCUGCAGUAACGCCUACUCCAUCAAAACCAGGGCAGGCAACACCUGCUGCAGUAACGCCUACUCCAGCAAAACCAGGGCAGGCAACACCUGCUGCAGUAACGCCUACUACAGCCAAACCAGGGCAGGUAACACCUGCUGCAGUAACGCCUACUCCAUCAAAACCAGGGCAGGCAACACCUGCUGCAGUAACGCCUACUCCAGCAAAACCAGGGCAGGCAACACCUGCUGCAGUAACGCCUACUCCAUCAAAACCAGGGCAGGCAACACCUGCUGCAGUAACGCCUACUCCAGCAAAACCAGGGCAGGCAACACCUGCUGCAGUAACGCCUACUACAGCCAAACCAGGGCAGGCAACACCUGCUGCAGUAACGCCUACUCCAUCAAAACCAGGGCAGGCAACACCUGCUGCAGGAACACCUACUCCAGCAAAACCAGGGCAGCUGGCAACACCUGCUGCAGUAACGCCUACUACAGCCAAACCAGGGCAGACAACACCUGCUGCAGGAACACCUACUCCAGCAAAACCAGGGCAGCUGGCAACACCUGCUGCAGUAACGCCUACUACAGCCAAACCAGGGCAGGCAACACCUGCUGCAGGAACACCUACUCCAGCAAAACCAGGGCAGGCAACACCUGCUGCAGCAACACCUACUACAGCCAAACCAGAUAAGACAACACCUGCUGCAGCAACACCUGGUUCAGCAACUGCAGCUCCAGCAACAGUUACACCCACUCCUACUAAUACAUCUACAAAAUCAAAUACAUCGAAUAAAGCAACCCCUGAGCCUCUCUCUGGUACAGAUUCAUCCAAUUCAACUAAUGCUACAACUACUGCUGGCCCACAAUCUUCUACAAAGCAGACGACAACUGUCAUUCCUGAAACAGAAAUUCCCACUUCAACACCAAACCCAGUUACAAAUCAUACUUCCAUAACUAAAGUACCUUUACCAAACAAAAGUACACAACCAGCUGACACAAAUUCUACUACAGAUGCCUCAAGCACCUCUUUAGAACCAGAUAUUACUACUGAUAAUCCAACGAGUACUGUGAACACUUCUUCAAAUCCAGUGGUCACUACAGAAAAUCAUAAUACCGGUAGUACUGCAAACACGUCAAAAUCAUCUGCCGUGACCACAAAACCUGCUACCACUACUUCAAAACCAACUACACCAAUCGAUAUCCCCAGUACAAAUCCAGCUGCCACUACUACAAAACCUUCUACACCAAAGUCCAGUGCAAAACCAGCUACACCUUCUUCAAAACCUUCAACACCACCAGCUACAGUGCCAGUUUCUUCCACAAAAAAGAGUCCCCAUGCACUCACAAAAAAGUCUGCUGGGAUGAGCAAGGCGGGCAAGAUAGCUGUUGGGGUAGUCAUCGCUAUAGUUGUCAUGGUUGCAAUUGUGAUAGGAGUCCUAUGGUACCGACGACGAUAUGUGUCGGGAACAUGGGGAGUGGGAUCUUCAGUGGCCUACCGCACAUGGGGAAACACCGACUUUGCUGAUGAUGAGAGAAUUUCUAUCAACCGUCGAUAAGAACGUUUUCAAAGGACCAAACUACAGUUAAUCUUGGAAUUUUGUCAUUUAUCUGUGAUCUGUACGACAAUCUGACAUAUCAUCAUGGCGAGUCUCCAGCAAUAUGUCCUGUCUUGUUUCUGAAAGUGGAUAAAUUGUUAGAUUUGAUUGUCACUUGAUUAGAAAAGCAAUUAUGGUGUGAUGUGUAUUAGUGUAUACAUGUAUUCAGAUCAUAUCAGAUGAUUCAGUUAAUAUUACAAGCCUGAUGAUAUGUGAUCAGUAAGCCUGAACUCUCACCAUCAGUGGCCGGGCAUUUAAUGACUGAAUGGUUAGUUUGAGAUAUAUCCACCCCACACCACCCCUACACUACCCCCACCCCCACACUUCCCCACCCCCACCGGAGCGGUGGGCCAGUUCCAAUGAUGACUGUCUCACACCAUGUCCCAAAAUAGAGCAACAAUCAUGGAGACUAUGUAUGAUAUUGUAGAAUCUCUUUUCAUCUAAAAAAGCAAUUUCUGAUUUCCUCAUUUUUCCAGAUAUCAUUUCAUCUUUACCACAAUCAUAACAAUGUUGAUCAAAAUUUUUCUUAAAAUCAAUGAAACCUCAAAAUAAUUCAAUACAGGAUGAUUUGUGUUCUGCCCAUGAAGAUAACAUUGUGGCUAAUGAACUAGUCUGUAGUAUUUACAGAGGUAAUGAUCACUGAACAGGCAAUCUUCUACCAAUUUCAAGGUAGGAAUGAAAGUCGUACUUAUUUUUUUAAAAGCGCAGGUCAGUGUCAUUGAUGUACCACCAUUUAAUCACCUAAGAUAAUUAAAACUGAUUGAAAAACCAAUCAAAUUAGCAAGUUUAUAUAAUCACCAACAUAUCAAAUUAGUUAUUCAUGAACCAGCUAGAAUUUACCCACCGAAUAAGUAAUUAUUGGUUCAUAAACCAUGUUUUUCCCACCAAAUUGUAGAUCUGUGGUUCAAGAACCAGUAUUGUAUAUCUAGCUUAGCAAGUGUACGUGUACACAGGUUCUCAUGCUCACUCUGUAGAUCUGAAGACAGUGUACAUCGCUUGUCACAAAAUGCAUAAAAUGGUACCCAUGGAAUAAGAAUGUAUCUACCGGUAAUUAACACAAAAAUUAGCACAAACCAAAUGAAAAAACAAACAGCUACCUUAAGACAAAAAUUACAUACCAAAU